UUUAUUGUAAAAUACUCUAAAUUAUCUAAAAAAUUUAUUAUUGGGAGCGAAAUUUGGCAAGCACUGCAACAUAGUUCAGAGGUUUAUUCUUUAUUCUUUUUGUUGAAAUUAUACAUAUAGAAUUUUUGUACAGCCACAUGGUAAAUUGAUGCUCCUGUUCGCGACGUUUUGAUCUGAAGUGUGGUUAACACGGCUGGGUUCAGGUGUGGUCUUGUGUGCAAAUUUAUUACGUUUUUGUCGAACAUCUGUCAGUUGAUUGUUCAAGUGGAGUGAACGUAGGAAUGGUUAUAAUUUUUUUUGAAUAAUUGAAAUGGCAAAGGUCGAGUAAAGUUCUUGGUGACAAAUCUUUUGAAAAAAAUCACGGCGAUACUUAAAGGAUAUAUUCCGCCAUCAAUAACAUCACGAUGGAUGGAGAUGGAGGAAAACCUGGAUUCGGUCAGGAUAUUUCAUUUCCACCACGGGCAACGCCACCACCACGACACGACUUGGAAGAUCAAUCGUCGGUCGUAGAAUUCAGCAUGGUGCAACCCUCAAGGAAGGUAAAGCAGGAGAGGAAAAGGGGAAGUUCCAAAGAACUUGAUAAAAAUGAAGAACAAAAGAAAAGAAGACUUUAUGAUGAAAUCCAGACCCCUAGAAGGGAGACAGUCGCUAUUGCACUUCACGAAAAUAGUCUCCAUAAAAAUGUAAAUCCGGAGUCAGCAAAUAAGGCUUUAAAAAUUGAAAAUGGGGCUUUAAAAGUGGAAAAUAAGGUUUUAAAAGAGAAUGACUGCCAACAAUCAGGUCAAAUCUUAGACCUAAUUCUAGAGAAAGCUAGACAAGAGAAAGAAAUUCGUAAGUACGCCGAGCGGCUCGGUAUUUCAUUUGAAACUCUUAUUGGGAUGGGUACAGGGGGAACGGAUGUCGAAAUGGCACAUUUCCGUCAGUGAGGAUGAGGAAGUCUUCGUGUAAUUAGUUUCUAGAGUAGAAUAGAUAAUUUGUAUUUUUAGUUUUAUGUGGCCCUAUUUUUAGCUUUGAAAUGUUUUACGUAAUUUUGGGUAGUUUUGACCACAUAGAUUUUGAACCUACCAGGAAAAUGUUAUGAUACAUUGAAUUUUAUGUAUGAGGCAUAUAUAAUAGUCCAGUUGGUACAGUGCACGGUUUAUAGGAAUUUUAACAACACAGGUUCCGGAUUAUAACAUCUAGCCGAUAUUUUUUAGGAAUAUAAAGUGAGUAGGCGAUGAUGCAUUAAAUCUUUAAACAGGGUAUUGUACACUCUAAAUAAUCUGACAACAUUUUUUUAUUUCUUGCUAAUGAAGAUCGGAUAUGUCCAAAUGUAUACCUGUGGUAAAUUUAUACAUAACACAGGCUAGUAAUAUAUACAAAAAUUGUUGCCAGAUUAUUUAGAGUGUAGAAAAACGGCAAACUUAAAACUUUAAAGUAAAGGUAUCAUAUUAAAUGAAAUUUUAGUUACCCAUUUGCAAAGUUAGCAAAUGAUGAUUUUUAAGACUGGUUCCGGUUCAACUAAAUUUUCGAAAAGCAAGUCAGCUUUAUCUUCGCUAUACCAUUUAUUAAUAAAAUCAAAAAAAAAUCAAAAUACUUUUCCUAAUUAAAGAAAAACUAAUUAAAGAAAAACUAAAAAAAUAAGAAAAAAGUUAAUUAAAGCUGUUAAAUAUUUCGCAAUUAUUUAGGUUUGCCUUCUUAUAAAAACAAUACGACAACCAUGGAUAAUUCCAACCUUGCUAAAAAUUAACACAUACGUAGUUCAAAUAUUUAUAAUGCUAAAUUUAUGGUAUUCAUAUGUACAAAGGUGAAAAAUACGAAAUUUGUGUACAUAUGUAUGUAUGUAUGUACAUACAUAUGUCGUUUUAAAUUAAAAACAAUAGCUGUAACCUUACCGACAUAUCAAUGAAAAUUUCGCCGAAACCUUGUCAUUAAGUACGUUUCAAUUUAUUUGAAUAAAUGUAAAUCAGACAAUAGUAUUUAU